GAAGAGUCCCGCAGUCGGAGGCGACCGGCUGGGCGUGCGCUCGCUGUCCGCAUCCGGGGCUGGGCCGGGGCCCGGCGAGGGCUGGGGCCGGGGCCGGGCCAGGUUCAGCUGGCGAGGAGCAGCGACCGGAGUCGGGCAGCCAGGCCGCACCGGGCAGGGACCGGCGGGCGCAGGGUCUGCAGUCUGCUGAGCCCCGAUGUAAGGCGGCGGCGCCCCCGGCCCGAGCGAGCACCAUGGGGGCCCCGCUCGCCUUGGCGCUGGGCGCCCUCCACUACCUGGCACUUUUCCUGCAACUCGGCGGAGCCACGCGGCCCGCCGGCCACGCGCCCUGGGACAACCACGUCUCCGGUCACGCCCUGUUCACAGAGACGCCCCAUGACAUGACGGCGCGGACGGGCGAGGACGUGGAGAUGGCCUGCUCCUUCCGCGGCAGCGGCUCCCCCUCCUACUCGCUGGAGAUCCAGUGGUGGUACCUGCGGACCCGCAGGGACUGGACCGACAAGCAGACGUGGGCCUCGAACCAGCUAAAAGCAUCUCAGCAGGAAGACGCAGGAAAGGACGCGACCAAAAUAAGUGUGGUCAAGGUGGUGGGUAGCAACAUCUCCCACAAGCUGCGCCUGUCUCGAGUGAAGCCCACGGAUGAAGGCACCUAUGAGUGCCGCGUCAUCGACUUCAGUGAUGGCAAGGCCCGGCACCACAAGGUCAAGGCCUACCUGCGGGUGCAGCCGGGAGAAAACUCCGUCCUGCACCUGCCAGAAGUCCCUCCUGCGGCCCCAGCCCCACCACCCCCCAAGCCAGGCAAGGAGCUACGGAAGCGCUCGGUGGAUGAGGAGGCCUGCAGCCUCUAGACUGACACCCUAACCCGCCACCUGCCCCCCGCCCCCACGGCUGUACAGAGUGCAUUAGAAGCCACUGGACUGCCGGGGCCGGGACUGCCCGUUUCCAGCCUCCUCUCCAUCCCUGAGAUGGCCUGUGGCCCCCACAUCGGCCCUCCGCCCACCACCCCUUUUGCUCAGCAUGUAAGCCCACCCAACCCUUCCUUUUCAGACCCCUGCUGUGACCCGGCUUGGAGAAGCCUGAGGACGUGGCUCAGGGCAUCAAGGGGAUGAUCACCCCAACACUGGGGCGGGGCACCAUGCUGGGGUAGCUGCCCCCUUCUGUCACCAGCUUCAGUGGAGUGCAGUGUUUUGCUUUGCUUGCUUGUCCCCCAACCUGUCCCAAGCCGGGCCGCCCAGCCUUACUUUCCCUCCUUCCUACCAUCCCCUGCUUGGACCCCAGGGUGUGGACAGUGACCCCUCCCCAAAUUUGGACUUGAAUUUCUGAGCUGAAUUAGGGCCCCACCCUCACGAAGAACUGGGGCACAGAACUCCAGGAGAGCCUUGCCCUGGGGCCCUCUCUCGUAAUCAGGGUCACUCACGGGGGCCUUGGGAGGAGAGCAGAGGCUACACCGCCUGCUGGCGGGUUAUUCUGUUCAGCUCCUACCUAAGAAGCAGCCUUCUGUCCCCAUUCGAGGCGGGACAGGGAAUCUGAACCCCCCCACCUCCCACAGCAAGUCAGAAGGAGGGCUUUCCCCUCCGACCCCAUGGCCCCAGGCAGAGUUUUGCACCAGCAGGACCCCGUCCAGGGUCUUUGAGGCUCUCCCAGGAGCCCCCCUCUGCCAGCUCCCAAGGUCCCAAACCCCUUUUGGGACCCAUGCCAGGUCUAUCCAAGGGUCUGGGGUUCUUGGGAGCCAAGCCCCACCCCCAUGCCAACCCCCUCAGUUCCUGAUCAGGGGCACCACCCCUGGUGAUUUGUAAAUAUUUCUAUUGGGUCCAGCACUCCCCUUGGAACUGCCUCAAACCUCUGCCACCCCUCAGCAAUGGCAUGGGGGAUGUGGGCGAGGCCGAGGGCUUUGUCCAGGGCUGUGUGGGUAACCCUGUACAUACGAUCCAAUCUGUGACUACCAGCCAACCCGAAUAAAGCGGUUUAAAAAAAACCUCUGGGCUGUGUCUUUUUAGGGCAUUAGUGUCUCAGAGCUUGAGGGGCUUGAGGGCAAGCCCACACCCACACCUCCCUUGGCUUCUCACUCUUCCUCUCUGCCCCUCCACACACAGAACAAGAGCUGGUGGGGCACAGAGAAAGGGGAAGGAAAAUGCAAUUACCAGGCUCUCAAAUUAUUCUUUGACUUUGAGAUAAUCACAAAUGCAGAAGACUGCCUAAAAUAUGUUUACACUGUUCUGGGAAUAAAUAAAUUAUAGAGCGAAUAAGAAAGUAGCCACCACCUACCACACACACUAUUCAUUCCAUUCCCCCAUUUCAUACCCCCUAACCACAUCUACUCUGUCUUGUAAGGUAAUCACCUCUUUAAUAAUCAUCUUUACAUGAUGUUUUACUGCCUGUAUGUAUGUCAUCUUAAACAAUAUGGCUGUGUUCUAUCUUUUUGAACUUUAUAUGCAUGGGAUCAUACUGUAUCUGUUCUUUCAUGUACCUCUGGAUUUGUGAGAUUCAUCCAUAUUUGCUCAUGUCUGUACUUGUCCAUUUUUAUUGCUGUAUAAUAUUCCGUUGCAUGUACAUCCUGCAACUUAUCAACUGACCCAGCCAUCCUGCUGUUUGUAGGAAUGUGUGUUCCAGCUGGGUGCUAUGACCAACACCACAUCCAGGAGCGUUCUCAUUUAUGUCUCUGAUGCAUGUGAGCACAGCUUUCUUGGGGUGGGUUUGCAAGUCCGAAGGUUAGGCAGUGCUGCACUUUCAGGACCUCAUUUUCUCCUUAUUAUGGGUGAAGAGUCCUGCUCAGAGAGGUUAAGUAGCUCUUUCAAGGUCACAGCAUUGUUGAACUCUGCUCUGCCAGGCCUGGAUACCUCUCUCUCCCUAUUUCCCCUUCAUGCCUGGACUCUGGACUCCUCUGGUUCCCACCUGUCCUGGUUCUCCUGCAAAUCCUUCUGAGAGUGGGUUGCUCUAGGGCUUCAGGUUCAGUCCUGGCAGCCAGAUGCCCACUGCUCCCUCUGAUGCUCCCCUGCAGAAGCCGUAAGCACCACCCAUCUACCUGUCUCUCCAGAAAUGCUCAAGUCAAGGCAGGACUUGCAAAGCCCAGGUCCCUCUGGGAGGGGCUGGGGCCUGGAUGUCCAUGGCGGGGUAGGGUAGGCUUGUACUAGAGUGAUGACAAUACCGAUCCUGAGUACCUGCUGUGAGCCAGGCCCUGGUGAGGGCUUCUGUGGGAACUCCACGGGAUCUGAUUUAGCUCCUAGUUUUGUUACUCAGCUGGGAGGGUAGCUCAAGGUAGAGGAAAGUUAGAAUCUUGCUUCUACCCAUCCCAGAUUAAACUGCAAUCCAGACUCUUGCUCUCGCUGAACCUCCAUUUCCUUUUCUGUAACAUGGGGAUGUUACCAGGGAAAUGCAAAUCAAAAUUGCGCCAUACCACUUCACAUGGUUCAAAAGAUAGAUAAAUAACAGGUGUUGGCAAAGAUGUGGAGAAAUGGGAACCCUCCCACCCUGCUGUGGGCUUGAAAGUGGUACAGUCACUUUGGAAAACAGUUUGGCAUUUUCUCAGCACAUUAAACAAAAGAAUUAUCAUAUGACCCCACAAUUCCACACCACAGAAGUGAAGACAUCCAUCCACCCCAAGCUUGGUAGUGAACCCUUACAGCAACAUCACUCAUAAUAGCCAAAAGGGCAAACAACCCAAAAAUCUAUCAACUGAUAAAUGGAUAAAUUAAAUGUGGUGUCCACACCACAGAAUAUUAUGUGGCGAUAAAAAGGCUGAAAUGCUGACUGGAUAAAAAAGAUGUGGUACAUAUAUACAAUGGAAUAUUACUCAGCAAACAAAAAAGAGAAACACAUGU